AUGAAGCAUAGGAGCUUUAACGAAACUUAUUCAGAGUGCAGCAUAAACGAACAAGAGGUGUGUUCAAGUAAUGAGUCGACUGAGACAACUAUAGCAAAAAGUAGGAACACAUUAAGGCAAAGUAAAUGGAAAAGCAGAGACCUCCACAAAAUACAUAAGGAUGUACAUAAAAAGUGCAAAGGGAAAAAAAUUAAUGAAGAAUUAUCCGUCCUAGAUGAUUUUAAAAUAAUAAUUUUUGGAUGUAUGGGCAUGAGAACAUACAAAAUAUUUUGUUAUUCGUAA